AUGUCUGACCAGGAGGCCCAGAAGGAGGUGAAAGAGGAAGUGAAGGAGAGAAAGGAGAGCGAGGAAACUGAAGAGAAGAAGGAAAGAGAAGAAAACAGCAGAGCCUCGACAGGCACAAGUACUCCCGAGCCCAAAGCCCAGGAGAACGGAGAGGAGACGCCCGGUACGCCCAAGGCCCUCACUCUACGGGAGCAGUUUAGGAACUUCAGCAAGUUCGGGGACACGAAGAGUGAUGGGAAGAUGAUCACACUGUCGCAGGCGGACAAGUGGUUCAAGCAAGCCAAGGUCAUCGACGGCAAGACCAUCACCACCACCGACACAGCCAUCACAUUCAACAGGUUCAAGACAAAGAAGAUUUCCUUCACAGACUUUGAGAAGUACUUGGACGAGAUUGCUAAGUCCAAGAAAUUGGAGGGAAAGGAUAUUAAAACGAAGUUGAAGGAGUGUGGAGCGCCUGGAACAUCAGGCACUACGAAUGUAGUGAAGAGCAGUGCCGUGGACCGCCUCACAGACACCAAGAAGUUCACUGGCUCUCACAAACUGCGCUUCGACUCAGCCGGGCGAGGGAAGGGGAUAUCUGGCCGCAAAGACACCCCAGACACUUCUGGCUACGUGGCUGGCUACAAGAAUAAGAACACCUACGACAAGAGCCAUUAAAAAAUGUAUCACAACUUCUAUCAAAAGCAUUACAACAUGGGCUGCUAAAAUAUCUUGGGUCGGAAGUUCUGGAAGGGCCAGGAUUCACCAAACAUUUUUCGUUUCCACUUACGAAGCCUCAACAUCUUUCCUUAAUCAAAGCGGUUUAACGAUAUUAUCCUUAACAAUAAUAACCUUGCUUCAAGAAUCCUCGCUGCCUUUCGAAGGUCGUAAAUUGUUUAAUUAAUACAGACUAAGUCGUCAUGAUCGAAGAAAGAUGAACAGGUUUCUUAAGCGUACACUUAAAUGCUUAGGGAAUUCUAACCUGCAAAUGGACAGGAUCUUCCUUAUACCUGUAAUGCAACACCAGCCACUGUUUUUCUCCUCUAAGAACAACGUUUCAUUUAUAUUUUUUCCAACACCGUCUUAAAACACAAGAAAACACACUGGUUUGUGAACUCUAUAUAUUAGUGUGACCAGUGUGUGUUCUGGCUCGUGUUCUGUGUAGUGUGGACGCCACAUUAAUCGGUUCUUGUACUUUAUGUAUAUAUUUAAAACAAUAAAUUCAGCAAAUUAUAAUGCAUUAAACUAGGUUUCUUGGUCAAUUUAUCAGCAUUGUAAGAGAAAUAUUUUCCAUAAGCAAUUAAUAAUAUAUUAGUGAAAAUUAUCUGUUUGGCUAGAAAAAUUCCCAUAAUGAGCCAUAAGGCAGUGGAUGAUUGUUAUUUUUAAAUUUUCCCUCGAUUUUAGAUUAUAACAAGAAAUAUUAGAACUAUUCAUAACAAAUUAUGUUCUUUCAAAAUACGUUUGUAGUGUUAUUUGGUCAAUUACCUUCGUUCUAAAUAUCGAUACAAUUUGGAUUACAUUAAUAUAUAUAUGUUUGAUUAAAGCGUCUUGAAUUUUAAAUUAACAAAAAACAUCUAUCAAGAUUAAUAUUAUUAUAUUUUUAUUAUCAUAUCAGGGUGUAACGGGUACAAAAUCACACUAUGUGUUAUGUUUAGCUAUGUAUGAAGGGCGUGUCACAGUUCCCAAAUAUAUUGUGAGGCGUUGUGCAGCUGGACUAGGCUGGUGGGCGAGAUGCUUAGGCAGUGAGCGAAGCCUCACUGAUUAGUCUCCUGGAGAGACAGCUACACAUGUGAACGCAGGUGAUGUGUUGCAUAUGUGUAAACUUGUGACUGACCGUUGUUGCACGUGUAAACCAGUGACUAGACUAGACUGAUGGCUCAGGUCUGCAUCAUGAGUGUGUUUAAAAGCUCACGCGGUAUGGUGAGUGUGCCCUUCUCCUGCUAGUAGCUCUGUGGGAUUUCAAACAACAUUUGCCAUUACAAGGUGCCUAUAUGUCAUUUUUCAAAGAUUUUCAUAAGCAUUAGUUUAGUGCAUGGAUAUGCUGUAUUUCAUAGUACUUAACUCCCCACCCCCACUCCCGUUACACUGUCACAUUCGUAUAAAUUAAACAGUAUUUUGCAAUACAGUAUAGAGCUAAGUUAAUUCAAAAUCCCACAUCGUUACAUAAUAUUGAGUGCGCCGUGUACAUUUUGUCGCACAUUGCCUUCAUGAACUCCUAGCUUCAAAACUGAAAAAGAAAGAAUUAUUUCUGUUCUCUAUCAGCCAUUAAGCUUGUGUGUGCGUGUGGAUAUUACAUUCUGUAAUUGUACUGUAGUUUUGAAACUGUGUUAUUAAAUUAAGUGUUCGAGCGACCUAGAUUUGUAAGGCUAAUAAAGUCCUAGUAUCUAAUUUUCUUUUACCAACUGUAAGUGUAUAUGUCUCAGAUCAUGAACAAUAUUAGUCAAAGCAAUCACUAUUUUUUUUCAAUAAGUAUUUUACCGUGAUGACAAAUAUUUAAAUACAGGAUUUUUGUCACAUAAGCCUUAUGUACAUGACUUAAUAUGCGUACCACAUUAUCCUCGUCGGAAAAAUCAAUAACGCAAUAGGGACUUUGAAAAUGCCCUGAAAAGUAAUUUAUGUUUAAAUGUAAUACUUUGGGCACUGCCCGGUACUGCUGUUCCACCUUACAAGCUUCAAGUGUCAAAUAUUGACCACCACAAACUCAAGUACAAGAACACCUGCUACUCUCCCCCUCCUGACACGGCAAUGGCUACUAACCCCACCCACGUCACAUAUGGUCCAAGAAGUUGCAAUGCCUUGGGAAGUCACAAACCGAUUUUCUAUUGGUUAUAGAAUUUCACUUAAUUUUAACCAUGUGUUUUUGCUUUUACAGGAGCAUUUCGGCACGGUGAAGUGACCAGUUAUAAAUAAUAAUAAUAAUUAUAUAGCGCAGAACAUAGGCUACUGAAGCUAUACUGUAGUUAUACUGGCAGCGUCACUGCCACUGAUCAUGCUUAGCUUUGUAUGAGAUCACUUGAUAAUCCACCUGCUUGGAACUCCUAGUAUAUACCGCACAAGUCUAGGAAGGAUAGUAGUGAAUGAUGGUCGAGUUUCUUGGUUAGGCCGUGUGGGAGCGUGAUUUCCAUCAUUCAUUGGCCGCUCUAGUAACAUUAACUUAACAGGAAAAAAGAGUAAUAACAUCAAUGAAAUUGUUAAUGAUAAUGAACAAUGCAAACAGAAAUGAAAUACAUAACAUAUCGUUUAGCGUUGUUAAGGAGAGAGAAAUGGCGAUAGUGAGUCAGCCGGCCGCACUCUACUAAACAAAAGCUAUCCUAACUAAAUCUAACUUAUCCUAAUAGAGUGCAUGAGCACAGAAAAAAAUGGUAUAUAGCGAAGAAAACCUGUCUAGUUUGUAUACGUCUACCUCAGUAGCCGUUUACUUAAAAGAUAUAUAAAAAUAAUAUAGUAAAUGGCAUCAGACUGACAAAGGCACAAAUAAAUCAGACAACCUCAGCUGGGACAGCCUAGCACACAAUAAACCAUUCCAGCAUGUCCAAAACUACUGUAUGUCAUCCCAGUUCUGGUAUUGUUUGCUAGACGUGUUAAAAUGAAUAGGAAAACACAAAGAUUGUGAUAUAUAUUUGAUCUCAUGACAUUUACUGCAUUUGAAACUAUAGCUCUAAUAUAUAUAUUAGUCAUUAACUGAGCCCAGUGUUGGUCAGUUAUAACGCGAUAGCUUCUGAUUUCCCAGGGCAACGGGUUGUCAAUAUUUUUACUUGCUGAGCUGAUUAUAAUAUUGUGUGUGGUAGAGGUGUAGGCUGGCGUGAUCUCCACCACAGCCGUUAUGUAUGAUAUUUUUGCACUCGGUCAUCACUGCCAGCUGUUUGUUUAGUCAGGUAAUAUUUUCAAUGUAAAACCUGUUGAAAAUUUGGAUUACAUGAAUAUAAGUGUAGCCAAUAAUGGACGUGUAAUAAAAAUUGUAAUCUCAA